GUUUUGAUUGUAUUAUGAAUACAGUAUUCCAGUGUUCUUUCCUGUGUUAAAACGUUCGGCAUUGGCGUGGCUUUGGUGCUCAUUUGCACAUCCAUCGUUUUUAAUUUUAUUAAAAUAAGGAGGACAAAAGAGAAGAUAUUCCAGUGUUCUUUCCUGUGUUAAAACGUGCGGCAAUGGUGUGGCUUUGGUGCUCAUUUGCACUUCCAUCGUUUUAUUAAAAAAAUAGUUUAUCCUUUUAUUAAAAAAAGAGGACAAAAGAGGAAGGAUGUAUUCAUUGAUAAGAACCACCAACCAACAUUUGUUGGUGGUUGAAUCGAAAAGCAUUUCUGGAAAUGGAACCAGAAGUGUUAUAUUCCAAAAAGGGGGAAAAAGGCACGUUGGACUUGUUGUAUGCAAAUCUAAUAAUUACAAUUUUAUAAAUGAAAGAAAACAUCAGGAAGAAAAGGGCCACUUACAAAAAACAAAGCCGCUAAGCACUAAAUCAAUCAAUGAGGGAGGUCGCCCAUCUAACGAGGAAGAAAGUCGUCUAAACAAAGACGAAAGCACAAUUUCCAAAAUUACACCUGACAUUGAAACUAAAAUCGAAAAAUUAUACACAUCAAAAGAGGAUAAUGGUCGACCAAACAAUGAAAGAGAAAGCCAUUCAACUAAGAAAGAAAAUUUUCCAACCAAACACGUCCCAACAAAUAACAUAAAAGCACCGCAAACUCAAGUUAAGUGCAGGGUUAACCAAGACAAAUCUAGUCUGAAUGUCGUCAUGAUCGCUGCUGAUAUUACAAAAGUUGUAAAACAAUCAGAUACUCCAGUUUUAAUUUCACCACCAACAUCAAAAAACUGCUUACCUCCAUCAAAGUCAUCCUGCAAUAAAAAACCACACCGUCAUCGAACUCAGGACAAAUGCAGUAAUAUUGGCAUGAUUGCGGCAGAUUUUGCAAAAGUAGGAGAGCCUUUCCUCCAGGACAAUUUGUCUACUAUAAACACUGCUCAGAAACUAGACCUAUGUUCGUCGCCUGAAGAAGAUCCUCCAGGUAUAACAAAUACUUUAGGAUUGUUUCAGAACUCUCUUGUUAUACCUUCAAUACCUAAAACCCACUUGCCUCCGAAACCAUCAACGUCCUCCACCAAUAUAAACUCAAGAUCGACGAGUUCAAUUUACUUGGAUUCCCAGGACAAAUCUGGAUUGGAUAUUACCUUAAUUUCUACAGAUACUAAAAAAAUCAAUUCUGCUAUUAGAUUUCCAAUAAACCAAGAUGAUUUAUCUACUUAUGACACUAUUCCGAAACCAGAAUGUAAUUUAUCUCUUGAGAAAAUCAUGCGCACUGAAGAGGAUCCUCCAGGCAUUACAAAUACCUUAGGAUUGGUUCAGAACUUCAAGCUAUGCUCGUCAAGAGAGAAGUACCUGAACAUUAGAGAGGAUCCUUCAGUUAUUAUACCUCCAGUACCUGAAAGCCACUUAACUCCUAAACCAUCAACGUCCUCUUCCAAUAUAAACUCAAGAUCGACGAGUUCAAUUUACUUGGAUUCCCAGGACAAAUCUGGAUUGGAUAUUAGCUUAAUUUCCACAGAUACCAAAAAAGGCAAUGCCGCUAUUAGAUUUCCAAUAAACCAAGAUGGUUUAUCUACUUAUGACACUAUUCCGAAACCAAAAUGUAAUUUAUCUCUUGAGAAAAUCAUGCGCACUGAAGAGGAUCCUCCAGGCAUUACAAAUACCUUAGGAUUGGUUCAGAACUUCAAGCUAUGCUCGUCAAGAGAGAAGUACCUGAACAUUAGGGAGGAUCCUUCAGUUAUUAUACCUCCAGUACCUGAAAGCCACUUAACUCCUAAACCAUCAACGUCCUCUUCCAAUAUAAACUCAAGAUCGACAAGUUCAAUUUACUUGGAUUCCCAGGACAAAUCUGGAUUGGAUAUUAGCUUAAUUUCUGCAGUUACUAAAAAGGACAAUGACGCCAUUAGAUUUCCAACAAACCAAGAUGAUUUAUCUACUUAUGACACUAUUCUGGAUCCAGAAUGUAAUUUAUCUCUUGAGAAAAGCAUGCGCAUUGAAGAGGAUACUCCAGGUAUUAUAACUACCUCAGGGUCUGUUCAGGACGUCCACCUGAACAAUAGGGAGGAUCAUCUUGUUAAUGUGUCAUCAACUCAGCCAUGUUUAACGACAUCAACGUCUUCCUCCAACAUAAAUUUCAACUCGACGUUUUUGUACGAAGGGAUUUCUCAAGAAAAAUGUAGUUUGGUGGAUGUUAGCUUAAUUACUGCAGAUACUUCUAAAUGCAAUACAAGCGUUGAAACCUCAUUGAACCAAGAAAAUACGUCUACUUCACAAUACGUUCCAGACACCGAUAUAAGCUCGGCAUUAGAGCAAAGCACACAAAUUAUAGAGGAACCUCUUAAUAUAAAUCUGGUCACGGUUCCCCUUACAGGCAAAGUGAAGAAAAAGCAUUAUUGCAAAUUUUGCGGUUCAUUGCAAACUCAAAUUGGAAGGCAUUUGCUUUUGAAACAUAAGUCCGAGAGUGAAAUAAAAACUGCGAGCAGGCUGCCUGCAAAGAGUAGUGCUCGAAUGAAAAUCUUGGAAAAGUUGAGGAAAGAAGGGGAUUUUGUGCACAAUACAAGUAAAUCCAUAAACACCGGCAUAUUAAUUGUGCCAAGAAAUGCACAAAAAAAGUAUAAAAAAAAAGCUAUUGAUAUGGUUUGUUGCUCCAUUUGCAAAGGUUUUUUUUCGAAAUUGAGUUUUCGAACACACCGGAGAAUCUGCAGCAAAUUCAACAAGGUUAGAAGGAAAUCAACUAUAACGGCGGGCAAAGAGCUAACUCAAUUUUACCAUCCAGCGGCCAGUCCAGUCCUAAGAACAAAGAUUUUACCGGUUCUUAAAGACGACGCAGUAACAGAUUCCAUAAGGUUCGAUGAACUUAUCAUUAAAUAUGGAACAAAGUUGGCACAUAAGUACACAUCCCCCCACAAUUAUGAAAUGAUUCGUGCGCAGUUGAGGUAUUUAGGCAGGUUUAAGAUUGAGGCUAAAGUAUUAGACAAUGAAAUCACUGAAUUUAAAGACGUUUUUAGACCCCAAAAACAUGAUUUGUGCAUAGAAGCUAUAAAAAAGGUGGCAAGUUGGAAUGAACAAUGGCAAUGGUAUGACCAUCCACAAGUGGCCAUAACACUUUCAUCGUUAAUUAAAAAAUGUGCGUACACACUGCAAGCAGAAUUUGUCAAAGAACAGUUGGAGGAGAAUAAAAAAAACGUCAGUGAUUUUAUCUUAUUAUGGGAAGAGGAGGCGCCCACGAUGAUAAAUAGAAAAGCCUUUGAAGAUCAAAAUAAUCAAAAGCGCGUAAAAAAAAUUGUCUUACCAACAAAAGAAGAUAUUCAAAAAUUGUAUAAUCAUCUGAAAAAUCUAAUGGUCGGAUACAUGUCGAAAUUGACACACUUCGAUAUGCACAAUUACAUUGAAUUAACUAAAUGUACUUUAGUGCUUGUACAAAUAUUUAACAGAAGAAGGGCUGGAGAGGUUGAGCGUAUCCAAAUUGCUAAUUAUACCAAUAAAGAAAUUAUUACAGAGAGAACGGAAAAAGAGCUUCUAAGCAAUUUAUCUAAUGAUUCUAUACAUUUUGCUAAACAAUAUGCGCGACUAGCUCUAAGAGGUAAACUCGGCAGAACAGUGCCGGUUCUUCUCAGCCCAUUAGUCGUGAAGGCAAUCGAUAUCAUAUUAAAAUACCGUAAAAAAGCAGGGAUAACUGAUAAAAAUCCGUUCUUAUUCGCAAACCCUUCUAAAUCUACAUGUCAAUACUUUCGAGCAUGUACUUUGAUGAGAGAAUUCUCUAUUGAAUGCGGGGCAGAAAUGCCAGAAAGUCUUCGUGGAACCAAAUUGCGCAAACACAUCGCAACACAUAUGUCUAUGAUCAACGCAGAAGAAGCCUCCAUUGACAAGUUGGCUAAUUUUAUGGGACACCAUAAAGACAUACACAAGAAUGUAUAUCGCGCAACAAUUCCAGCAGCUGAAGUUAACUGCGUAUCACAAAUUCUGAUGGCGGCAAUAGGAAUUAAUGAUGGCGGUGAUGAAAGCGAUGAGGAAUGCGGUGGAGAUAAUAUAGACAAUAGAAAUGGUGGUGGUAAUGUUGAUGAUGGAGUUAAUGUUGAUGAUGGAGUUAAUGUUAAUGAUGGAGGUAAUGUUAGUGAUGGCAGAAAUGUUGGUGAUGGAGGAAAUGUUGGUGAUGGAGGUAAUAGAGGUGACCAAGACAAUCAAAGCCAUGGAGGAGAAUCAUGCGAUCAAAGCGAUCAGGAUGAGGAAGAAGAUCCGACUUGCAAUGCAAAGAAGAAAAGAAGAAGUACUUCACCCUAUGGGAAAACUAAAAGGAGAAGAUGGUCGCCAGAGGAAAUUCAUGUGCUUCGCUCGGAGCUGGGAGAUCUGGGAACACUGAAAAAACUUCCUACAGUAAUGGAAUGCCUCAAACUUAAAAGUAAAUAUAAAGUUUUGGAGAAAAGAACUCCCCAUCAAAUAAAAGCUUAUAUAGACAAUCAAAAAAGGCCAUAUAGGGACCAGGCAAAAUAAUUUUAUUUAAACAUUUUGGGUUUUGAGCCUUAUACAAAGAAGCUAAUUAAUAGUAUUCUUGCGUUGUUGUUGUUGGUGUUGUUGCUGCUUGUGUUGUUAGUUUUGUUGCAGCGCAGCAAUGUGUUGUGCACUGCUAUAAGCUUAAUAUGAUUUAAAUCAAUAAUUCAUUACUAUUAAAAAGAGACUGCUAAUUAUAAAUUUUUAUUAUCUUUAAAUAUAUAUAAUAAGUUUACCAUUAAUAAUUUGAAAUAAAAGUUUUGCUUUGUAAUGUUUGUUCAA